CCUGCGACCCGGGUGGUUUUCUUUGGCUCGGCUUCCCUCGCGUGUAUGCCGCCCCCGGGGGGGAAGUAUGGUAGAAAUUCUCCCCCUCCCCCUCUGCUCGUAGAGUGAGAGCAGAGCCAUUGCAUGCCAGAAAUAAUCGCUUUUAAUUGGACACCUGAUGACCCAGCUUGGGAAACAGAAGCCUAGUCAAAAUGCAAAGUGAGAACCCGGGACCAGUAAAUUACUAUGUUGGAAUUGAUGUUGGCACAUCAAGUGUCCGUGCGGCUUUGGUGGACCAGUUUGGCACAGUAGUGGCUUAUGCAGACCAUCCAAUUCAGAUUUGGGCACCACAACCUGACUAUUAUGAACAAUCCUCUGAUGACAUCUGGGCAGCUUGUUGUAUCGUCACAAAGAAAAUUACGCAAGGAAUAAAUAUUUCCCAGAUUCGAGGGCUUGGCUUUGAUGCUACCUGCUCCCUUGUUGUUUUGGAUAGCAAUUUUCAUCCUUUGGCAGUAAACUCUGAAGGAGAACACAAAAGAAACAUCAUCAUGUGGAUGGACCAUCGUGCGGCUAAUCAAGUAAAACGCAUCAAUGAGACACAGCAUAAUUUGCUGUCCUUUGUUGGUGGAGUGAUGUCAGUUGAAAUGCAGCCACCUAAAUUGCUAUGGAUGAAAGAAAAUUUGCGAGAGUCUUGCUGGGAAAAAGCAGGGCACUUCUUUGAUCUUCCGGAUUUCUUAUCAUGGAAAGCAACAGGUGCCACAGCAAGAUCUUUGUGUACACUUGUAUGUAAAUGGACAUUCUCCUCAGAAACUGGCUGGGAUGAUAGUUUUUGGAAAUCAAUUGGAUUAGAAGAUCUUAUGGCAAAUAAAUAUUCAAAAAUAGGAAAUGAAGUUCUCCCUCCAGGAACUCCAGUUGGAAAUGGAUUAACAGCAGAAGCUGCAGAAGAUCUUGGUCUGUCUAAGGGGAUUGCUGUAGCUGCCUCUCUUAUUGAUGCACACGCUGGAGGAUUAGGUAUGAUUGGAGCCAACGUGAAAGGACAUAACUUGCCCUGUGAAAAUCAGCCAAUUACUUCCCGGCUGGCUGUAAUAUGUGGGACAUCAUCAUGCCACAUGGCAGUUAGUAAGUCCCCUAUAUUUGUCCCUGGUGUUUGGGGACCCUACUGUUCAGCAAUGGUGCCAGGACUGUGGCUAAAUGAAGGAGGCCAAAGUGUAACAGGGAAACUGAUAGAGCAUAUUGUCCAAGGACAUGCUGCUUUCCCAGAACUACAAACAAAAUCUGAAGCCAGAGCUCAAAGUGUAUAUACAUACUUGAAUGGUCACCUGGAUCUGAUUAAGAAAUCUUUGCCUCUGGGUUUGCUCACUGUUGAUUUACAUGUUUGGCCAGAUUUCCAUGGCAACCGAUCUCCCCUUGCAGAUUUGACUCUAAAGGGCAUGGUAGUGGGACUGACACUGUCUCAAAGUAUUGAUGAUCUUGCUCUUAUUUAUCUAGCUACAGUUCAAGCCAUUGCGUUGGGAACCAGACAUAUUGUAGAAACAAUGCAAGUCGCAGGGCAUCAUAUCAACACUCUCUUUAUGUGUGGUGGUCUGAGCAAGAACCCUCUCUUUGUCCAAAUGCAUGCCGACAUCGUUGGCAUGCCUGUUGUUCUAGCCCAAGAAGUGGAGUCUGUGCUAAUGGGUGCUGCUAUUCUUGGAGUCUGUGCUUCUAAAGACUUUGCUUCCCUACAG